CUGUACGAGUAUGUUGGUCAUCAAGAUGAUUCUUGGGUUAUACUUCCCUUUUCGGCUUGAAGCCCAGGAAGAACUACUAUUUAAUCGGUUCAUUUCGCCAAAUACUUUAAAAACGAUGAUCGCUGGCGUAAACUCUAAACUGUAAUAUGGAAAACUAAAUUAAAUAUAAGCACCUUUUACGUUACGGUCAAAGUGAAGACAAGAGGAGUGUAUUACAACUGAACUAAUGUGGGUUUUCAUCGUGGUGUGUUUGUGCUGCAAGUUCAUGUCUUAUGAGAAACAUGGUGUCCAUUUCAUUGGGAAGACGUCUGGUGGCGUGUCUCCUCAAUGUCUCUGAGGCUCGCAGGAAAGACCUGGUGGAAAUGGUGGCCAUGGCUGCACUAUACAACUCUGCAGGUUUUCAAAGAGAGGAGACCACUGUACUGAACAUCUUCAAUGACCACGACUACAACCGUUCCGUCAUCACAAUCGUGGCCGGUAUUGAAUCCAUCAGGGAAGCGGUUCUGUCUGCCUGUGAAAAGGCCUGCCAGCUGUUUGACAUGAGCACACACUCGGGUGUCCACCCGUGUUUGGGUGCUGUGGACCUCAUACCCAUCUACCCCCUGGGGGAGGACGUGGGAGUCCGCCACUGUGCUAAAGAGGCUCGGGCGGUUGCUCAGGGACUCACAGAGCGAGUCCAGGGCACAAGUGUCUUCCUCUUUGGCUGGGCAGACUCCCCACUUCAGCGGGGGCUAGCUCAAAGGAGAAAGGAGAUGGGAUGGUUCAAGAAGACUCCAGACUUGAGCGAUAUCAGGCCUGAUAUGGGACCUCUGCCACAGAAAACCUUUGGCCUCACAGGUGUUGGUGCCAGUCCUUAUGUCAUGAACUGCAACGUCACUAUCGACACCCAAGAUGUAAAAAUAGGACAAAGCAUUGCUUCAGCAAUUCGGGAGUCAACAGCAGGGGGCCUUCCGGGUGUGCAAGUGCUGGCUUUGCCUCAUGAGGGCGCUGUGGAAAUCGCAUGCAAUGUGGAAAGCGUGCAGGGAAGUCCACCUUGCCAAUUGACUGCAACAACGCCAUGGCCAUCUUUCACUAUUGGGGGUCAACCGUACUGUCACGUUCCAGCUUCCCUCAUCACUGCCGGGGUUGCAGAGCUGGCAGGGAGGCAUGGUGUUGGCACAAAGGGUACUGCUUUAGUGGGGUUCACUCCCCAGGAGUGCAGGGGCUUGGCAGAGUUGGCUCUGUCUCAAGGGAUUGCAGAGUUUUGGAAAGAGCAACGUAAGAUGCGCAUGUGAAAAUCCAUUCCAAAUCAAAACCACUGAUAGAACAUUUUUUGAACUUCUUAAAAAUUACGUCAGUUGACUUGCAAAUCUAAUUACGUUGCCACCUAGUCAAGCAUUGCAUUUCUGCAAGUUAAUAAUAGGAAUGCUGGCAGAAGUUUAUUAUUCUGAUUGUCUAUAAAGGAUGGAUUUGACAUAGAGUAAUAAAUAAGUACAUACUGUACUCUGAAGUUUGGAUAUCUGUCACAAGUAGAACAGGACCUUAUGAGGGUGACAUGACACUGCAAUAAAAAAAUCAUCGGCGCCAUCAGCGACUAAUAGCCUAAUAGCCUAAUAGCCUAAUAGCCUUGUCUCAUUGCAACUUGAGACACAUGGAUGACGCUGGAAAUGAGAAAAGAUGUAAACUCAAUUUUGAUAUAACACACAAAACUUAAAGUGUACAUUUCUUGUCACACAAUGAAUGGUAUUGUACAUAAAAAAGUAUUAGUAAAAAGUAGGGCUGUCAAAAAUAACACGUUAUUCAUUUUUUUGUGUAAUUAACGCCUGCACAUCAGAGCAAGCUCUAUUAAGACGGCAAACGCAAGCACGGUGGAGCGUCCCCACAGUCGCACAGAGCGUGACGCUGUUUUCGAACUUCAUUCUGACCCGAACACAUCGACAGCAGUACAAUUCCAGCACCACAUACUGUACAGUAUGUACUGUGUCUCCAACUCACACAUGUCUCUAGUCUGUUCAUCCUGGGAACGACGCUUCCUCAUUCUCAUUCCCAGAACACGAGGUGCAUUUAGGGACACUCCAAACAUCACAAAAACGGCUUUAUAAUGCAAGUGUGUGUGUGUAAAUAAACUGGAAGAUCAAGAAAAACAUGACGUGGAUAUUCUUAUCAGUCACUUUGUAACUCUUAAUUUGGAUGUACAAUUUGCUACAUUUAAGUAUGCUGGAAAAUACACUAAAAACAAGUACAUUUACCUUAAGUUACGUGAUUUCUUUGAACGCAACCCCUCAUUGCCCAUAAUACCACCGUUUAAAGAGCGACUCAAAUGUCCUGCUACACUAUUAAGAGACUAGUGUUAGACAAAUAGAUGUUUAGACUUGUGUUAUCUUUUCGCUUGGUUCACAUAUUCAGUUCAUUUGGAGCUGUUAAUACAUACAAAUAUAAUCCUGCCGCUACUGAAUGUCACCAUUUCUCAGCACGAGGGGACACACCGUCGAGCUUUGGUGUCGAACUGCUGGUGAAAGAAAUGCAGGACCUUCUCGUUCCGCCUCCGGCUAGCCACUCCAGCCACACAGCACUGUCCACAUCCUUAGUCGCGAUCUGCAGUGGGUUUGCUGC